AUGCAUACCAUCUCGUAUAUCGCCAUCCUCAUCACAACCGCUCUCUUUGGAGUUGCAUGCGCAGGACCUGCGCCGCAUGGACACGCCUCUAGCUACGCUUCGGUGCAGCAACACUUUGACGUCCAUCAUCAUGGUAAUCACGGAUAUGACAGCCAUGUCAGCCAUCCCCAUUAUGCUGGCCAUACUCAGCAUCAGCACGUCCAUCAUCAUGAACCGCAUCAUCAUCCCAAAUACGAGUUCAAAUAUGGCGUAAAGGACACACACACCGGUGAUUAUAAGAGUCAAUGGGAGCAUCGUGAUGGCGAUCAUGUGAAAGGUGGCUACACUUUUGCGGAAGCUGAUGGCACCGUACGCGUUGUGGAGUACACUGUUGAUAAACAUAAUGGUUUCCAAGCUGUUGUCAAGAGAAUCGGGCAUGCCCACCAUCCGCAGGUCCACCAUCAUGGUGGCAGCCAUGGUUUCCAGGGUUAG